AUUUUCCCCCCCCCCCCCUCGCUAUCUUUGUCAGGCCCCAAGUGCGUCAAAAAAAAAGCAUCAUUGAAACCUGUGAAUCGACAGUUUCUUGGGAACUUAUUUUGAAGCCGAGAGGCUCGAGCCUGGGAUAAAAUAUUCCCAAGUCGGUGGAAUUAAGCAUGUGUCAGCCGUAGAGCGAGAGAGUGUCAGGAAGUUGGGGGUGAGCGGCUGGAAAGUUUUAUUGCUGCAGUUCUGUUGAAGAGUCAUACGGACGCAACGUUAACUGUGUUCCCCUCCGCAGAUGCUGCCAAACCUGCUGAGUUUUUCCAGCAUUCACGUAUAGUAGAGUGGUGCUAUCUUGAAAAACCCGUGAGAGCAGAAAAAUUCUACACAAGUCAGCUGAGGAGAUCAGCUUUCUGUAAUUUCCUCAAACUAUGGCACAGUGGAAUCAGUUACAGCAGUUGGAUACCAGAUAUCUGGAACAGCUGCACCAACUUUACAGUGACAGCUUCCCCAUGGAGCUGAGGCAAUUUCUGGCAGCUUGGAUUGAAACACAGGAUUGGGCAUAUGCUGCCAGCAAGGAAUCGCAUGCUACAAUAGUGUUCCAUAAUCUGUUGGGUGAGAUUGAUCAACAGUACAGCAGAUUUCUGCAGGAAUCGAAUGUCCUUUAUCAGCACAAUCUGCGGAAGAUUAAACAGUACCUGCAGAAUAGAUAUUUGGAGAGGCCUAUGGAGAUUGCACGCAUUAUAGCUCGAUGCUUGUGGGAAGAAGCCCGACUUCUUCAAGUUGCUACAUCUGUGUCACAGCAAGCUGGGCAGUCACCACAUCACAGCUCUGUGGUAACUGAGAAACAACAGAUUCUUGAACAUAAUCUGCAGGAUGUACGGAAGAGGGUACAGGAUCUUGAGCACAAGAUUAAAGUACUUGAAAACCUACAGGAUGAUUUUGAUUUUAACUAUAAGACCCUGAAAAGCCAAGGAGAUGUGCAAGAUUUGAAUGGGAAUUCACAAGCAGCAACAAGGCAAAAGAUGGCACAGCUGGAACAGAUGUUGACAGCUUUGGAUCAGAUGAGGAGGCAAAUCGUCACUGACCUAGCUGCCCUACUGUCUACUAUGGAGUUUGUACAGAAGACAUUGACCGAUGAAGAAUUGGCUGACUGGAAAAGGCGGCAACAAAUAGCCUGUAUAGGAGGUCCACCCAAUAUCUGCCUUGACCGUCUUGAAAACUGGAUUACAUCUUUGGCUGAGUCUCAACUCCAAACACGACAGCAGAUUAAGAAACUGGAAGAACUACAACAAAAGGUUUCUUACAAAGGUGAUCCUAUUGUUCACCACAGACCAGUGCUGGAGGAGAGGAUUGUUGAAUUAUUUAGGAGCUUAAUUAAAAGUGCUUUUGUCGUGGAGAGACAACCGUGCAUGCCAAUGCAUCCAGACCGUCCCUUAGUGAUCAAAACUGGCGUGCAGUUCACAACAAAAGUAAGGUUGCUGGUUAAAUUCCCUGAGUUGAAUUACCAGCUUAAAAUCAAGGUUGCCAUUGACAAGGAUUCUGGAGAUGGUUCUGCACUAAGGGGGUCACGGAAAUUCAACAUAUUGGGAACCAAUACAAAAGUUAUGAAUAUGGAAGAAUCAAACAAUGGAAGUCUGUCAGCAGAAUUUAAGCAUCUGACACUCAGAGAGCAGAGAUGUGGAAAUGGAGGCAGAGCUAGUAGUGAUGCUUCCCUCAUUGUCACUGAGGAGCUACAUCUAAUAACCUUUGAGACAGAAGUUUAUCAUCAAGGACUUAAAAUUGAUUUGGAGACCUCUUCACUGCCAGUUGUGGUAAUCUCCAACAUCUGUCAGAUGCCAAAUGCUUGGGCCUCAAUCCUUUGGUAUAAUAUGCUGACCAAUAACCCAAAGAACGUGAACUUUUUCACAAAACCACCAGUUGCCACAUGGGACCAAGUAGCAGAGAUUCUGAGUUGGCAGUUUUCUUCCACCACAAAAAGAGGCCUGAAUAUGGAGCAGCUAGGGACACUGGCCGAGAAGUUGCUGGGUCCUGGUGUCAAUUACUCUGGGUGCCAAAUCACUUGGGCAAAAUUCUGUAAAGAGAAUAUGCCAGGCAAAGCAUUUUCAUUCUGGGUAUGGCUGGACAAUAUCAUAGACUUGGUGAAGAAAUUCAUUCUUUCUCUGUGGAAUGAUGGGUAUAUCAUGGGUUUCAUAAGCAAAGAAAGAGAGAGAGCCUUACUGAAUGUGAAACCCCCAGGCACUUUCCUUCUUCGUUUUAGUGAGAGCAACAAAGAAGGAGGAAUCACCUUUACGUGGGUGGAAAAGGAUAUCAAUGGAAAGACCCAGAUCCAGUCUGUGGAACCGUAUACCAAACAGCAACUGACCAACAUGUCUUUCGCUGACAUUAUUAUAAGUUACAAGAUCAUGGAUGCCACCAAUAUCCUAGUGUCACCACUGGUCUAUUUGUAUCCUGACAUUCCAAAGGAGGAGGCAUUUGGAAAAUAUUGCUGCAGUGAACCUCAAGAAGCUAUUGAUCCCAAUGAUCCAGAAACAUUUGCAUAUCUGAAGCGAAAAUUCAUUUGUGUGACACCAACAAACUCAGGUAACACAAGCGACCUCUUCCCCAUGUCUCCACGAACACUGGACUCUUUAAUGCAUUGUGGAAGUAAUAAUGAAGGACCUGAACAAGGAGCAGCAGGUGGCCUUGAUUCCAUUACUCUGGACAUGGAGUUUGGCACAGAAUGUGCGGCUUCUCCAAUGUAAAUUCUGUGCAUCAUUAGUCAAUGCCGGAUCUGUUGUGCUGGUUAUAACUUCAGUAUGAUUAACCACUAGUUAUAAUGGUUUACAGUAAUGUGUUUAUAUUUGUUGUUUUUUUGAAAAUUAGUGCUUUAAUAAUAGUAUUACAGUUUAAUUGCAUGUAAUGCUUUUACUGCAUUGCAUUAUGUUAAUUUCCAGCUGUUUUAUUCCAAAUUUAAUCCAACAAAGAAAGCUUUCUUUUCCACCAGUCCAGUGCUUCAACCUGGAUCCUAUUUAGUCCUUUGCUUUUGCAAAUGGUUCAAAAGAAACAAACUCUUCUGUAAUAUGUUGCAAAGCCCUGGUGCACUAGGGCAUUAUGCUGCCCUUGUAUACUGUCCUUUUUUCAUGUGGAUUUACUAGGCAUGCAUUAUCAACAGCUUCCAGUAUACAGUUGCAACUCUUAGGUUAAAAGUGAAUUCUUCAGAAGUAAGUUUGACUGUUUGAAUUUAGCAGUGAUACACUUUAUAAAAGAGAUGCAGACUACAUUCCUGUGUCUUGAUGCCAGUGCAUUCUACACACCCAGGUGUGUAGAAACAGACCACGGUACACAACCAGUGUUUGAACUGCUUUUUUUUUUAAUGUUUUCAUUCUCGGAAUGUGGAUGCCCCUGGGAAGACUGGCAUGGAUUACCUAUUCCUAGUUGCCCUGAAAAGAUGGUGACAAACUUUUCUUGAACCCCCACACUAUAUCAGUUUGAGACAACUGAGCAGCUUGCUAGGCCAUUUCAGUGCAUGUUAAAAUCAAUCACUUUGGUGUGGAACUGGAUUCGUAUGAGUCAGACUGGGUAAGAGUAGCAAGUUUUGUUCCUUAAAGGGCAUUAGUGAAUCAUUGGGGUUUUAUGACAAACCAAAUGUUUUCUGGUCACUUACUGACACCAGCUUAUUAUUUCCAUUUUUUUUAUCUGAAUUCAAAUUCUGAAAUUGUCAUAAUGGGAAUUGUACUUGUGUGCUCUGGAUUAUUAGUCCGAACCUCUUGAUUACUGAAUAGAGCUCAGAGGAGAUGAUGGUGCUUGAGACUGGACUGUUAAUAUGCAAUCACCUUGUUAAAGCCAAUUGCUAGUUAAACAGGUGAUGGGCUUUGAUUAUCCCAUCUAAAUAGAAUAGAAUAGCUGGAACACUUUGUGUGGAAGCUACUUGGAAGUCAGUAGCACUGAGGAGUUGUCUUGAAAAUAAACCAGCUUGAAUCAAAAGACCAGCCUGGAUUAAUUCUUCCACCACAACCUCUUACUGUGAAUAACAUGGACUACAGAGGAAAGUUAUCAGUCCCUGUGUUAGUGAGCUCUACUUUCUCUGGUUAUUCACUAGUUCUCAGAAGGGAAGCAUAUUGCCUUGGUGCACUGGGCAAGCUGAUUGUUCAGUUUAUUUCAAGAGUCAGCUUAAGUUUCUUGGUGAGUAAAUGGAUAUUAUAAUGCAUUGCUAAAUUUAGCAAUACAGUGGGAUUUUUAUGCGGCUGGUUGUUAAGUAAAUAAGUAAAAGUUGUUCUCUAAACUAGAUUAAUUGUUUUUAUAUUAAAAGCAUUUUUGUUACAACUCUUAAACGAGGUUCUAAAAGACAACUGCAUCCGAGUGGUGUAUUGCCACUUAGGAAAGAGGAAUCUCACAUUACUGAUUUUAGAAAUGUUUUGAAAAUGUAAAUUGCAUUAAACUGCAGGGACUCGUAGGAUGUCUAGGAAUUGUACCUCACUGUAAUGCCAACAGUACAUCUCUAAGUGAACAAUAAUGGAAAAUGAUUGGACCCAGCAUUGGCCAGGGGUAGAAGAUUACAGUGUAGUUGAGUGCAUUUGACUAAGGAUUCGAGCUCUGCAACCAUUGUGUAUUUUAAUGAUGCUAUGUUUAUUAUUGACAAAAGUAUAUACCGAGCAAUGCUUGGUUUAACCGUGGGAAUGCAUUUUUAAGAAUUUUUGAUGUUGCCCCAGCACUUGAGGUUGAUUGAAAGUGAAUGGAAUGUACAAGUGAAAUGCCAUGUAUGACCAUGCUGGCCAAGGUAUGUCUAUAUUUGACCAUCGGGAACUUUGUUGAAGGUCUUGUAUUUGGGCAGGGGUGGGAUAAAGACCAGAAAUCUCAUUUGAACCCAAGCCUUUUGACUUGAGUUUUAUAAAAAUUUAAAAGAGGGUUUGUUCAAGAUCAGAAUCUCCACACCUGCCCCUGACACCCACAUAAAAAGCUUCUUUGCAAAGACCACACCAUAAUGUUGACAACUCCAGUAGGCAUGCAUUGUGCUACCAUGUGGAUAAUGUUGUGUUAAACUGUAUAAUCAUGAUCUUUGACUUGUAACUCAGAAAUCCACCAGUCAAGCAGAAGCAAUUUUAGCAUACCUUUGUAUCUUUCCCCAUACAUUACAGGCGAGGGAUGAUAAUUAUGAAAGAUUUUCUUGAUCAGGGAUUUGAAUUCACCAAUGUUGGAAAAAGUAAACCUCUAGCAAAGAGUUACAGAGGUGUCCAAAUUGAAUUCUGGCUUGUUUGUACAACUAAAUAACCAUUUAUUACCUCCCAUUUCCGUGCUUCAGUAUAAUGCAAUUCAGUUUCAUUGUGCUGUAAAGCCAACUAUGUCUCCACUGUCUUAUUCAAAAAUAAUUAAUUUUCUGAAGUAGGGAAGCCAUAUUUCUAAUCCCCUGUAUUGUAUUUGGAGAAAUGAAAGAAUGUAGGGUUUAAUGAAUUCUAAAGCUGUAUGAAUAUCACUUAAGCUGUAAAACAUUCUAAUACAAUGCAUCCAGUUCUGAUUUUUUGAAUUUCAUUUGUGGAAUGUAUGGUUUGACUUUAUUCAAUAUGUGUAUAUGAAAAGUAUGUGUAAAUGAAAAAGGCAGCAUUCAUUUAUGCUGUAAAUUUUAUUGCUGUAUACUGAAAACUGUCUGCUUACCCUUUUACUGAUUAAAAGGCCAAGCUUUAACUGUC